AUGAAGAACGUUUCUCUCAAGCUUCCACUCUUGAUUUUCAUCUUGGUCAUCACAGCUAAUCUUGGAGCAGAAGCAAGAAAGCUAACUGGACUUGAUGAGAAAUUCGAAGAUAUCACCGGAAGUUCAAGUUACGCCGGCACAGGCAGGAUUAUGACGGAGACACCAGCACCACCUUGUAAGAAUGACUUUGAUUGUAUCUUUAGAUGUCCCAAGGAUGGAGUCUGCAAUCCUGGCCCUGGCCCUGGCCCAGUCGGCAAUGUUGGCCCUGGCAGAUGUGUUUGCAACUAA